AUGGAAGAACUUUGCAAGGCGAACACAAUCUUUGCCCUCAGUUUCUUCAGCCAUCUGGCAAAUACAAGUGCUGCCACCCAGAAUCUCUUCUUCUCUCCAUGGAGCAUCUCCUCCACCAUGGCCAUGAUCUACCUGGGUGCCAGGGGCAACACUGCAGACCAGAUGGCCAAAGUGCUUCAGUUUAACAAAGGUGGAGACCACAAAGUCGCCCCAGACACCCAAGAGAUCUUCACCGGUUGUGAAUUCACACAGAAGAUCCAGAGGGGCACUUAUCCUGAUGCUAUUCUGAAGGCACAAGCUGCAGACACAAUCCAUUCAUCCUUCCGUUCUCUCAGCUCCGCCAUGAAAACGUCCACAGGGGAGUAUUUAUUGGAAAGUGCCAAUAAGCUGUUUGGCGAUAAGUCUGCAAGAUUCAGGGAAAGAUACAUGCAGCUCUCCAAGAAAUAUUACUCUACAGAACCCCAGGCAGUUGACUUCCUAGAACGUGCAGAAGAUGCCAGAAAAAAGAUUAAUUCCUGGGUCAAGACUCAAACCAAAGGCAAAAUCCCAAACUUGUUACCUGAAGGUUCUAUAGAUGCAGAGACCAAGAUGGUCCUGGUGAAUGCUGUCUACUUCAAAGGAAAUUGGAAAACUCCAUUUCAGAAGAAAUUAAACAGGCUUUAUCCUUUCCGUGUGAACUUGACUCAGCGCAAAGAAGUACAGAUGAUGUUCUUGCAUGAAAAGCUGAACAUUGGACACAUAGAAGACCUAAAGGUCCAGAUUCUAGAACUGCCCUAUGCUGGAUAUGUCAGUAUGUUCCUGUUGCUUCCAGAUGAAAUUGCUGAAUGUUCUACUGGCUUGGAGUUGCUGGAAAGUGAAAUCACUUAUGACAAACUCAACAAGUGGCUCAGCGAAGACACCAUGGUUGAGGAUGAUGUGGAGGUGUAUGUCCCCCGGUUCAAAUUAGAAGAGCAUUAUGAACUCAAGCCCAUUCUCAUGAGCAUGGGCAUGGCUGAUGCCUUCAGCCAGGGCCAAGCCAAUUUCUUAGGCAUGUCUGAAAAGAAUGACCUGUUUCUGUCUGAAGUGUUCCAUCAAGCCUCUGUGGACGUGAACGAGCAGGGCACUGAAGCAGCUGCUGGCACUGGGGUCAUUAUGUCGGGGAGAACUGGCCAUGGAGGCCCACGGUUUGUGGCGGACCAUCCUUUUCUCUUCUUUAUCAUGCACAAGAUAACCAAGAGUAUCCUCUUUUUUGGCAGAUUUGCCUCACCCUAG